ACCAUAUAAUAACAACACCAGAAUUACAAUUACAACUAAACAUCAUAUUUUAUACAAUCGAACAAUUCCAAAUAAAAAAUGGUUAGAUGAAAUUUGGAAAAUUAUUUUGGAAUCAAAUACAAGUUUAGAAUUAUUUUCUCGAUAUCCACUUUUAGAGGUUGUACGCCCGACAAGAGAAUUAGUACUUUUAGAUUUAAAACGUCCAUUACUUGAAUUACCACAAAACAAUAUGUCACAUUUUGAGAAAUUGGUUACCAUUCUUCAAAAUUUGGGAAUUAAAUUUACUGAUCGUUCCUGGGAUGCAAAGUUAGGCGAUUACAUUCUUAAAUGGACUCCAGAAACGGUUUUGAAAUCAUUUGGUGAUUUAAUAAAAAAAAAUCUUAGACCGUUUACAAAAUUGCCAAAGGAUGAAAUUAAAGCUAUAAGACAUUUUAUCAUUGAAAAUUGGAACGAUUUUUCCACAAGUAAUGGUACUAAAGUUAAAUCCGAAUUUCGUGAAGUUUUAUGCAAAUUACCAGUUUGGCCCACAGCUGCAAAUGGUGAAAAAUUCAAAAGUCCAAAUGACGGAUUACUCCCUCCGAAAAAAAUUGAAAUACUAUCACCCAAAUCAAAAUGUUAUUCGGAUAAACUUUUCCUUAAUGUGAAAAAUGAUGAUUAUCAAAAAAUUUUGGAAGCAUUAAAUGUACAUUACGUAGACCUUGUUAAUUAUUUAAAAAAUCAUUACACAUUUCCAAGAGAAUAUGAUGACAAUUAUUUUAAUUUUAUUAAAAGUGUUUUAACUUCAAGAAAUUUUCAUGAAAUCCAAAGUUGGAUCGAAAGCAAACCUGUAAUUCCAAAUAGAUCAAACAAGAGACUUAAAACUGCAAGGGAUCUUUAUGAUCAUAAAACUUAUUUAUUUCGAAUAGCUUUUGAAGGAACUGAUCGUUUCCUUCAUGAUGAAUUUCAAAACAAUACAACUUAUUUAAACAUUAUGAAAAAAAUGGGAUUUAAAUAUCAAGUAACUAGGCAAACGUUUCUUGAAUGUGCAAGAGCUAUUCAAAAUCAAUCUCAAGAUGAACCAAGAUAUAAUUCAGAUGAGUUGAUUUAUCGUGCCACAACUGUAGUUCAUUAUUUAUAUGAUAAUAUAGAUGAUUUGAAUUAUUCUGAUGCUGAAUACGAGGAAUUGGCACGUAUAUACUUUAUUCCAGCAGAAUCAUCUAUCCAAACUCCUUAUUCUGAAAGAGCUGUGACACCUAAAAAAUUUGAAUGCCUUAAUUCAUUAUGCUUACCUAAAUAUAAAAAUAUAGCUUUUACGCAAGUUGCAUUGUUUCACAGUGCUGUAAUUCCUAAACCUACAUCACCAAUAUUAACCAAAUACAAAAAAUUUGGAAUGCCAAGUGCUAUUCAAAUUCUAGAACAUUUACGUGAAGUAGCCUUCAAAUUACAAAAAUCUGAUCAAUGGAAAUAUGAAGAAUACCUUUUCAAAAGAAUGGUUGAUGAAAUUUAUAACGCACUUAAUGAAGAAUGUGAAAAUGAAGAUAAAGAUUCUGAACUUGCUAAAUCUUUUAUAAAGGAUGAAAAAAUUUUCUUAAAUAUAUAUCCAAAUGAAAAUGCCUUUGAAGAAUCGAAUUGGAAGGCGGCAAAUGAAUUAAUUGUUGGUGUCAGCUUAUCUGAAGAAGGAUUUGUAAAACCUAGCUUGGCGAAAUAUAAAAAAUUGUUGGAAAUCGCAGGUUCUGGUACUCUAAGAUCUGGUGAAGAUUUGGAUGAUGAUUCAGAUCAAGAUGAUCAAACUGAAAAAGUGAAUCCACAAGGUGAAAUACUUUUGAAUUCACUUCAACAAUCAUUAAAAAAUGGAUUAUCUGAACCUCUCAACGAUGUGAUAUUUACUGUAAAAGAUCAAAAAAUUGCUGCAAAUAGACUUGUACUCGCAUGCGCAGCUGAUCAUUUUAAGCAUUCGUUCUCGAGCAAGUAUAGAGAUGAAGAUUGGUCUCAAGAACAAGAAAAUGAAAGGCAGUACAAGAUUUUGCUGGAUCUUUUAGAAGCAUCUGAUUAUUAUAAUCUAAUGAAUUUGAAAAAUGAAACGGAAAAGAAACUUUUUGAAUACGUGAAGCUUUGUAAUGUUGAUGAAAGCGAAACGUCUAAUAUUAAAUAUUUACCCCGGCUCAAUCACAGACUGACAUGCCCGGAUUGGAGACGCCG